UGAAAGCUGAUCUGAGAAACAAGAAGUAAAAGGCAAGUUUUUUUUUUUUUUUUCGUUGUGUAGUUUUUAAAGAAUCUUCUGCAAGCUAAAUUAAUAAUAAAUACGAUUUAUUAAACCCUAUUAGAGAUUUUAUGUGAACAGAAUAAGGAACCGGAGCAACAUGUUUGUAGAGACCACAGGCAGAAGAAAGGAAGAGGUGUGUGUUUAAAAUGUGUGAUGCUAUGUGGUGAACAUAAGGGGAGAACAUGACAAUGCUAGGAGAAGAGGGGACUUCAGUUCUGCAAGAAGACACCACUGCUAUCCAUUCUGGAACAAACAGCAACCUUUUCCUUUCGCUGAAAAUCAAUGAAUCCCUUCGAUCAUGACUUUUCAUUUGGAAGCAUGAACAAUCUGGAUCCGAACCCCCUGAAGUGCCAGACUAGUAGCAGGAUUUCUCCUGCAAGGUCCACCAGCAGCACUGACCAGAUUACCCACCAUCAUGGCAAAGGAGAUUCCGCCUACAGCUCUUUCUCAGGGGGCUCCAAUGCUCCAGACUACUCCUCUCCAUGUCUGCCUGAGGAAACGCACUCUCACAGUUUGCAGUAUGUUGACCAUAAGUACGUGAGAGCAGUCUUUAACCCUAAUGUUUUAAACUCUGACCCCAAAGGCAUGGAUCAUCUUUACAAAUCGAUGGAAACGUGCAACAUGCGAUGUCAUCAGGACUUUAAUACCCAGUCUGCCACCAGUCAGGGUUACAAGGAACCUCCGCAACCACUAGCACGCAUUGAUAGUUUUACAACAAUAAGAAACCAGGAAAAUACCAAGCUCUGUCAGGGUCCUGAGGGACAGCUGCAGCAGAGGACUCAGACCGUUUCUAGUCCUGAUAUUGUCUAUUGUAAACCUGACUCUGGCUCUACUCGGAGGGUAUCCCAAGCAAACCAGAACUUGCCUAUCAAGGACUAUAUCCUCUGCGAGGGUUCAGAUCAGGCCUCCUUCAAAAAACUGGAAAUGAAAAAGUUCACAAAUGUUUUAAGCAGAUCACCUCCGGCAUUUAGCCUGCAGGAAUGCUCAAAGAAUUACAGUGGGAGUGCGGCCAGCAGUUCUGAGAAGCAACAGCGGAGUCCUCUCUCUGCCCAUGAGUUUGAACAGAUCAGUUUGCAAUCAAGGAACUUGACUCAAGCAACCCAGAACAUGGUUAAUGGAAACAUCCAACACAAAGGGCAAUAUUAUUUUGUUACUGGUGUAUGUAAACCUUCAGAACCCAGUCUUAAGGGUAGUCUUUCAGGUGUUAAUGAAAGGGCAAGUAAGGGCCAUUCAAAAGAGGAUCAUGGACAUUUGAAAAACAAAGAGGUGUCAUUUCAUUUCAGGAACGAUCUUCCAAGUCAAUCGCGACAUAAACGGCAGAGCAGUUAUGAGAUCCCAGGUGUACGUGGCCUGAAGGUUUACAAUGAAAGCCAGAGUACGCAGGCUUGGAACAGAGAUCAAGGCUAUUGCAAUGAAAGUGCGCAUAUCUCAUCACAAACUUCACCCCCGAGAAUAUCAAAGGUGCCUCGGUCUCAUAGCUCAGAAGUCCCAGAGCCAAACCUGAAGGCUCAGAGUCGAGAGAUCGGCUAUGGGUUUCGCCGGCACCACAGCAGCAGUCAUCAUAUUUUUUACUGCGGACCCGAGGAGGGUGACCAGUUGUCAGAUCUUCCCAAACAGAAGGAGCCCGUAACCAGCAAGGAUGGGUGCUCUGUUCGGUGUGUGGAGCUCAUUAGUAACAAUGGAGACAGGGGGAAACGGCAGCCUUUGGGUGAUGUAGCCAAUGACAAAAUCAACAAAGAAACAACUCCUAUGCUUUACCAUUUAACCGGGGAGAGUGGUGGUGCCUUCACUUACAAAACCAGAAAUGAAAACGAACUGGGAAAGUGGAAAUUGGCAAGGUGGAGCAGUGGCCCCUUCUCAAAGCACAAAGAAGCAUCAGUGGUUGAGCCAGCCCAUCCCAUUUCCAGGACCUUCAGUCUGUCUGAAGGAGCACAGGGUGAAAACCGAGACCAGGGGGACACUCUCUGUAGCUCAGGCUCCUCGGUGGAUGACUCCUACAACAAAUAUUACAAAGAACAAAUAAAAGAUGCCCAGACAAAGGUCCUACGGGAGACCUCUUUCAAGAGGAAAGAUCUUCAGCUUAGUUGGCCCCACAGGAUCAAGCAAAAACCAUCAGUGAGACCCUCUGUGAUAAACUGUAGGGCAAGCUCUCUAUCCAGUGCCUUGGACAUUGGAAAUGACAACCCAGAGCACGCAGGACCAGAAGCCAAGGGUAAGAAGGAAACAAAAAAGUUCCAAGAUUCACAACCCCAGCCAGUGCGUAUUGGAGCGAGAAAGCGACUUAAACCGGAGCAAAAGAAACUGUGCUACUCUGAACCCGAGAGGCUCAAUCAGCUGGAGGAUUUACUCGGCCAGUCAGAGCACAGUCCUUCCCAGGAAGAUUUUAACGAGCAGGACACAUUGGCUUCCAGGAGAAAGGUGUUUGAAGAAAGAGGACAAUCCCUUUCGGUAUCAAGCAUCUCAAAGAACGAGCUGAAGCAGAUCCAGCAUAAUGCGCUUGUUGAGUACAUGGAACGCAAGAGCGGGCAGAAACCCAAUGGUCUCCAACAAGUGCCUUCUCAAAACCCUCAGAGGCUCUCAACACCUGGGAGACUCGCAGACAGUGGGGUGACUUCCUCUACAGUGAGCGGCACCCACAAACAGAAGCGGCCUCGACCUCUUUCUGCAGGAAGAGUGCUGGAUUCGUCCUCGAGCUCCAUUCGAUAUGCACGCUCACCAGGCUUCCAGUCCAUCGAAUCCCACAAACAGCCCAAUAGAAGUCAGUCUGCCAUGCAAGCUCCUGGAAAGUCAGCCUCCGCGGAAAGCCUGCUUGACCAACCGGAGCGAAUCAGAUGGAGGGCACGGUCAAAGUCUUCGUCUUCGCCAGUUCAGAUUGACAAGAACACACCUGAUACUUCAUCUCUCCUGGACAGAACCAGCUACAACUGCCAACAGAAGAACGGAGGCGACAUUGUGAAAAAACCUGUGGACACCAGCCAUGAAGAAGUCCGAACUGUGAGGGAAAGAAGGGGAAAGUCUAUGGAAGAGCUUGGCAUCUCCGGAACCUCAGGGCCUGCAGUACUGAGCAAAAGCUCUGAACAGCUUGACCAAAUACGGAGCGGAGGGAUGCCCAGACAACCUCGGAAGAGUUGGGGAUGGGAACAGAGUAACCAAAGCAGCAGGGCAAAGGUAACGGAAAUGACCAGGAAAUCCGAAAGUGAAAUGCCUCCUUUUAAAAAAGACUUUGUUGAACCGAGGAGCAAAGAGGAGCCGGGCCCGGUUAAAGCAUCCAGUGAUUUUGAAAGACAACCAAACGUCUUGAAGACCCUCAGCUUUCAGGAUGUACCAUGCAAGACCCCCUCCCUGCCGCAGGGGAGUUCUCCCUUGGGGCCUCCUGUAUCUGGAUCACCCCGUUCUGGUCCUUCAUGCAAAACCCCUAUGGAAGACGGCUUGUUCUUCAACGAUCAUCCCUCACCACAGUCACUUGAUUGCAUGGGGCUUCCUGAGAUUGAACCUGGCUUGGCGAACACAGGACCAUCAUCGACUGAACUGAACACAAGGUCUGAGAAGGGACCCGAUGAGAGUAAACCAAGGGGCAGGAUGAAGACAACUCAGCCAGUGCAGUGCUUGGAAUCAGGCAGUGUGGGGGAUCACCACCAUGGCAGUUUGUAUUGGGAAUCCACUGAGGCAUUCUCUCCUGCCAGCGGCAGUGGAGUCAGGACUGAAUCGAGCACAUCCUCCCCUGCAAAGCAUGCAGAGAGCAGAGUACCUGAGGGUCACAGCGAAGGAGAAAAGCCACCAUUAGACAGUAGUACCAAUGCAAAGGAAUCUACCACCCAACUGCCAGUGCCCCCGACUGGGGUCGUGCCAUCGGUUGUCCCCACAACAGCCCAAGCGGGGGCCCCUGUUCAAGAUAACAGCAUUACAAACAAAGCAAAACCAGAAAAUGAGAUGGAAGAUCAGACAGGGCCACUCAAUCCCUCCCCCACCAAACCCUCCUCCAAAUCGGCAGUGGAGCAGAGAUGGGAGGAGCUGGCUACAGCAAUAAUCGCCAAGGAUCUGUCACUGGCUGAUGUCCUGGUCCCGGAAUCCAACAGGAAAACAACUUUGAAGCUGAUGGAACAGCUUUUGUCAGACAACACGCUGCUGACGGAGGAAUAUUACAAGAGGAAGGAAGCAAGGAGACAGUCGAAGGAAAGUGAUGAAAACCCUGAGAAGUGUGAUUCAAUCUCCCUUGACACCCCUGGGACAGAACUACUGGUCAAUACAAGCGAAGAACAGAAAACAACUCAGGACACCCAAGGAGAUCCCAGUGAUGUAAUAGAGAAGAAAAAGGAGCUGAUUGAGAAUAUCAAGUGGAAGCUGCAGGGCCUGGAGGAGCAGAAAGAGGAGCUUGGGGCUGAUCUCCAGAGGAACAGUGUGCUGGGGGUCUCUGUGGAGACAGUGGUCAGAAGCAGCUGCAAACCCAAUGAGUACGAGAGGUACACGCUGUUCAUUGGGGACCUGGAGAAGGUGGUCAGCCUGCUGCUCUGUCUCUCCUCCCGGCUGGCCAGGGUGGAGAACGCUCUGAGCAAAGUGAACCAAGCCACAGACCCCGACGACAAGAAAUCGCUGAUUGAAAGGCACAGGCUGCUGUGCAGGCAGCAUGAAGACGCAAAGGACUUGAAGGAAAACCUGCUUCGAAGGGAGCGCGUUGUUUCGGAGAUCCUCUUGAAGUAUCUGAACCAGCAGCAGCUCCAGGACUAUAAGCACUUUGUCAAAGUAAAGGCAUCCUUAUUAAUUGAGCAGAGAGACCUUGACGAGAGGGUUCGGGUCAGUGAAGAACAGCUUGAGAGUCUUCAGAACAGUAUCCCCCCCUAAAUGAGCAACCUGUGUGGGUGCCAUUGCAACAUAAUAUUGAGCUGGUUCACUUGUUCAUGCUCUACCUCUUAUAGAAUAAGAAAGCUAACAUUGGGUGCUUGGUUUUGGGUGUAGAAAUAUGAGUGUUUGAUUGGUUAGUUUUGUUGGCCCUUUUUAUGUUUUUGUCUACUAGUGAUCACAGAUCCCGAAAGCUUUGAGGAAACCGUCCAAGUUUGGGAAAGAUGGCACAAGGGCAUGCUGUUUUCAAAAUACAUACACUGCGAAAAAAGUGCAUUUACUGUUUAAACCACAUGAAAGUCUCGUUCAGUAAUGCCUUGGACCACAGCUUAAUGCAAGCGCUGUCAUGCAUGCAAGCAAUCCAUUCAGAUAUUCUGCACAAUAAUGUCUGUGGGAAUUAUUUAUACAAAAUUGGGUUUUUCUACAUAACUCAAAACACAUCAGCACACAUUAAUCUUGUGGUGUUUUUUUUUUUUUUUUUUUUUUUUUACUUGUUUCAA